ACCAUUUUUCUCAAGAAUUGUAGAAAGACCAACCAUUUCACCAUGCCUUUACUCAACUUUUGCAAGAACUCCGCUGCUGAAUUAUAUGGAAUUGACGAAACUGUGGCCUAUCAGGUUGGAUUUGAAUAUGUCAGACAAUUAGCCAUCCACUUGAGAAACAGUAUCAAUGCUACUUCCAAUGCAAAGGAAGGUUAUAAAACCAUUUACAACUGGCAAUACUGUCACUCGUUGGACUUUUGGUCAAGAGUGUUGGCCCAACAAUGUAACCCCGAAAAAGAAUUGCAAACCCAUAAGAGUAAGGAAAGUCCAUUGAGACAAUUGAUCUACCCAUUGGUCCAAGUCACAUUAGGGGCUAUCAGAUUGAUUCCAACGGCCCAAUUUUUCCCCUUGAGAUUCUACUUGAUCAGAUCCUUGAUUAGGUUGUCGCAGUCGACGGGAGUAUUCAUUCCUAUUUUUCCAUUGAUAAUAGAGGUUUUAAACUCCACUGCUAUUACCAAAAACCCAAAGAAAACCAACUUGCCACCUUUCGACUUUGAAAACAACGUAAAGGUUAACCAACAAUAUCUUGGAACCAAGGUGUACCAAGACGGAUUAACUGAACAGUUUGUUGAGUUGACGGCCGAAUUUUUUGUGCUUUAUUCCAAGAGUGUGGCAUUCCCUGAAUUGACCACUCCUGCCGUUAUCUCUUUGAGAAGAUUUAUCAAGAAGUCCAAAAACAGCAAGUUCAACAAGCAGUUGGGACAGUUGAUUGAGAAAUUGAAUGAAAAUGCAAAGUUUAUUUCUGGAAAGAGAUCGAACAUCGAAUACGGACCCUCGAACAAGCAAGAAGUUGCGUUAUUCCUCAAUGAUUUGAAGUGGGAGAAAACUCCUUUAGGACAAUAUGUUGUUGUUCAAAGAAAGGUGAAAGAAGAGAGAUUGAGAUUAUUGAAAGAAGCCAUUGAACAAGAUGAAGAAGCCAAGAGCAAGAGAAAUGAUAUGGAUGAGGAUGAAGAAGCGGAAGCUGCUUUAGACGAAGUGGAAUCGGAUGAGGAUGAGGAAGAAGAAUCCGACGAAUAAAUCUAAAUAGUUUUAAUGAUC